AUGAGCUACUGGAAACAAUCGGAAACACAAACCUCCACCGAUGGAAGUAAGAUUGAAGGGAGGGUCGGAGCAGCUUUAACGUGGUGGGAAGAUGGCAGGGAGAUCAGUAGUUCCACCUUUAGACUGGAUCCAUCCUGUACAGUCUUCCAAUCCGAGCUCUAUGCCUUGCUCAGGGCGACCAAACUAGCUGAAUCGAGCACUGAACCCGUCGUUAACAUCAUGAGUGACUCAAGAUCUUCGCUCGAUCUGCAAACCCUAAAGCAAGCCACCCCCUAUUCAAGAAAGCAUAGGGAAGAUGAGAAAAGAGGGAAGAGUGAUACGGCUGUUUUGGUUAAGGGCUCAUGUAGGCACGUCUGGAAAUGA